AUGGAAAACGUCCAGUUGGGCUAUUCUGCCUUCUGGCAGCAUCAAGAGGCACGGCAGGGAAUGCCACAGCGCCAACCCUUCCGUGCCGUGAACUGCCACUUGCCCAUGGCAAGUUUGUCGUUGUCGCUGGCAGUUAUGCAGGUCGUCAACAAGAUUACCAAGACCCUCACAGAGGGCUUUGCGAAGAGCUCUGACCAGGCAUCUGGAGAAGCACCUGCGGCCGACGAGGAGGAAGAGCUGAAGAGAGUGGAGCGCUUGUUCAGUGCCAUUGAUGUCGACGGGUCGGGCGAGCUUGACAGGCAAGAGGUCCUGCAGGGCUUGAUGGCGUCUGUGUGCGUGGAUCACUUCACUCUCACGCCGCAGGAACUGGCAUCGGCCUUUGAGGAGAUUUGGACCGUCCUGGAUGCCUCCAACGACGGCAAGGUCUGCUUCGAGGAAUUCUGCGAGGCUAUUCGAGGAUACCGAAGCAGCUUCCAACCUUCCCUGGGCCGUGCUGACGUGGUCACCAACGCGGUGGCCUACACCGUCUCUACGAUGGUCUUCGGUAUGAUUUGCAGCGCCCUUGGCCCAUCCAUUCCGUGGCUGGCGGGCAACGCGGAUGUGUCUCCCGAGGUGCUCGGAUGGCUCCCGGCUGCUCAGGCAGUGAUGUGCAUCGUUUCGGGCCUGGCCUCGAGCCUCAUGGCCUAUGUGCCACGGAGAUGCCACCAUCGCAUGCUCUUUGUGAUGAUGCUUUGGCUUGGUGGAUUCUUCGCGCUGCUGCCGGUCGCCAGCCAGACCCUUCUUGCGCUCGUCUUCACCUACGGAUUUCAGGUCUUGCCUCGACCGUGGAUCGGGCAGAUGACAAACCUCCUCGUCUCAGAGCUCUACGAGGAUCCGAGCCUGUCCAGCGCUGCGCAAAGCUUCAACCAAGGUGGGUUUGCCUUCGGCUGUGUGAUCAUGGUGCUUCUUGAGCAGCUGUCUUCGGCCACCUUCGGCACCGAGGUCAUGUUCUACCUUGCUGGAGGCUUCACCGCCCUGUCAUCCCUUCUUUUCCUGAAGCUGCCUAUGCUGGACGACAAGCCAGCACCAGCCAGCAACACGCCGCGGUGCUCACAAAUGCCCAGCUGCUUCACGCUCACUUGCAGCGGCCUCGGCAUCUUGGCUGUUGGCCUGGAGGUCGCUUGUGGAACCUGGCUGAUAACAUCCAUGACCCAGAUUGGGUUCUCCUCGGGGACAGCAGCUGCCUGCAACGUGACCUUCUGGAUUCUCUUCGCCGUGAGCCGCUUGGUUUUGGCGCCUUGCAUCUGCAAAUGCCUGCGCCCUCGGCCGGCAGCCAUGGUGAUUGGAGGUGCAGCCGUGGCUUUCCUUUCGUGUCUCCCCGCAGCCGUUUGGCCGCACUACUUGCCUGGAAUCUUCAUCGCGGUUUCUGGGGUCGCCGUGGGCGCCGGGCCAACUUACGCGAUGUGCAUCAGCAUGGCAAAGGAGCGUCGGGAGCUCACAUCUGUGGAUUCAGCCAUGUUCGCGAUCGCUUCCUCCCUCGGUGCUGGGGGCGUUCCCUUCGUCAUGAGCCGCAUUCUGGCCUUCUUCGGCUCCACGGCAUUCUUCCCGACGCUGACGUGCAUGUGCUUGAUCCUCCUUGUCUUUGCGUACCUCGUUGACCGGGUCUACUGUGCGAGCAGCACAUCGCAGGAGCAGUCGGAUGUGGAGCAGGCAGUGGAGGAAGAGGCUUGGUCCCAGAACCCAAUGAAUAAAAACAUGGUCAAAAGCACGGCAGCAUGA